CCCGCUGCACUUCCAGUCUUCUACCAGCAGUUCACACCACUUCACUAACUUAUAUUCAGAAGAAAAAUAAGUCACAAGCUUCUUCAAAUCUUUCUAAUCUUUUAGAACUCAUCUUUCACACUACAUAAUGAAAUGAACUCACCCAUCAAGCCUCUUCUUCGAAGAAGAAGAUGUCUUCCCAAGACCUCACCACUUGUUUCCACCUAGACUCUCUGUACUGCGAAGAACCCCAUUUCGAUGAGGACAUUUAUCAAACAGUUGGUGAGCAUGAACAUGGUGGUGUACUUUCCCAAGAGUUUGAUGAAGAAAAUGAAGAUGGGCUGGCUUUAUUGUUCUUGAAAGAGGAUAAGAACGUGGGUUUUGAUGGGUUGGUAAAUGACCCUUUUUUGGCUGAGGCUCGCCGUGGCGCGGUGGAGUGGAUGCUGAGAGUUGUGGGGUUCUACUCGUUUUCUGCGCUCACCGGUGUGCUUGCUGUGAACUAUUUUGAUAGGUUUGUGGGGAGGUUUGAGUUUCAGAGAGAGAAGAUGUGGAUGGUUCAGCUUGUUUCGGUGACUUGUUUAUCAAUCGCUGCUAAAAUGGAGGAAGUUGAUGUUCCCCUACUGUUGGAUUUUCAGGUUGAGGAGCCUGCUUAUGUCUUCGAGGCUAAAACUAUUCAGAGAAUGGAGGUUUUGGUGCUGUCAACUCUGGAGUGGAAGAUGAAUCCUGUGACACCACUUUCAUUUCUUGAUUGUAUGACAAGGAAGCUUGGUUUGAAGAGCUACAUUUGCUGCGAGUUUCACAAGAACUGUGAAAGUCUUCUUCUCUCUAUCAUAUCUGAUUGUAGGUUCAUGUGUUAUCUUCCUUCUGUAGUAGCAACUGCUACAAUGCUGCUUGCGAUUAGUAGUGUUGAGCGUUGUGAUGGAAUCGAUUACCAGACCGAGCUUUUGGGAAUUCUCGGGAUCGAUAAGGGCAAAUUGGAAGACUGCCGCAAGCUAAUCCAGGAACUAGUGUCUGAAGGAUAUGGUAGCAACAUUAACAAACGCAAGUUUGGUUCUUUGCCGGGUAGUCCAAGAGGGGUAAUGGAUCUGUGUUUCAGCUCCGAUAGCUCAAACGAUUUAUGGUCGGUGACCACACCUGCAUUGGCCUCUGUAUCAUCCUCACCGGAGCCAGCUUCAAAGAAGAGAAAGGCCCAGGAUAAGGAUCAGCAUCAGCCGAGUUUUGACAAUGCAGCUGCGGAUAACCUCAGCAUUCCCCUGCAAUGAGAAGAGUCUUGUAUUCUAUGGAGGUCCGGUUUAGUCUCGUAGUAUGGUUAAUAACAAUGAUAUGUUCUUCGUUUCAUAUGAAAGUUAAAUUGCCUAUAUACUUUUUUUCGAAUGCUAGUGAAGAUUUGAAGGUGGAGAUGGUUGGCUUUUUAUCAGGAAAGGAGAUGAAGAACAUGAAGAUAGCCAGAGCAUUAGUAUUAAGUUAAAUUUCAUUUCUCCUUGUAAACUCUUAUAAUGUCAAUAAUAAAUUCCUUUAAUUCAAAA